AUGGUGAACCUCGACCUCCGCCGUCGUCCCAAAAUCCAAAUUUCCCUGAAAAACCAACAACCGAACCUCGUCAACACAUACACCACCGGGGACCGCAUCGACGGCACCGCGACUGUCACGGUCGACCAUGAUAUUCCGUUUGACCAUCUCGACAUAACAUUCGAGGGCACGUCCAGAACAACAGUCGAACGCGCCUCCGUCCCCGGCCAAAGCGGCGCCUACCAGACCUUCCUCAAACUCCGCCAACCAAUCGACCACUACCCAUCCCCUCGCAUCCUGCAGCCAGGAAAUACCUACGUCUUUCCGUUUACCUUUGUCGUUCCCGACCGCCUACUCCCGCAAGCAUGCAACCAUCCGAAGAACCAUGGGCACCUGGAGCACGCGCAUACACUUCUUCCGCCGACGCUGGGCGACACCAUGGUUACACUACAGAAGGGGAAGAAUGUGUUGGUCGACGACAUGUGUCCAGAUAUGUGUCGCGUUGCGUAUUUCAUCAAAACUGCGGUUGUGAAGAAGGAAGGUAGUGGGAAGAGAAAGGUCCUCGGCUCAGAGAGGCACAAAGUCCGCGUUAUGCCUGUCGUCGAGGAACAGCCACCCCUUAGCAUUCCCGACGAUGAAGUUGACGGGUACUGCGUACGGAAAGAAAAGGAUCUCCGGCGGGGAUGGACGAGAGCGAAGCGCGGACGUCUCGUCGUUUCGACCUCGCAGCCAAGACCUAUCGUUUCGAAUAGUGGCGGCAAUGAAAGUGUGAACUCGGUAGCGACGCUGGAUCUCCGGUUCGAUCCUGUGACUGAGGAUGAAGUACCGCCGGCGCUUGGGACUGUGUGGACGAAAGUCACGUCGUCGACGUUCUUCAGUGCGCAGCCCUGGAGCGACUUUCCUGCUGGAACGAGGGCGAGUUCGUGGGCUCAACUUGGCUGCGGUGUGUAUAUCGAGAAUGUGCCAUUGUCGACGAGAUGUGUUGCGUCUGCGUCGUGGACAAAACAUUCCCGUCAGGACUCGUUCUCUUCCUCGUCCACAUCAACCUCCUCCGCCUCGACGGCUUCUUCGACAAGCGAGUCAUACUACACAGCCUCCCUAAUCAUCCCCAUAACGCCCCCCGCCACCAAAACCCUCGUCCCAACCUUCCACUCCUGCCUCCUCUCGCGAACCUACUCCCUCGACCUAUCCAUCUCCUACCACACACCUCAUACCUCGUGCCUGCUAGGGUCGACUGUAUCCCUGAAAGUACCGGUCCAGGUGACUAUGGCGCCGCGCGACAUGCCCCCGAAGAAUGCGGGGGACAGUGUUUCGGAGAUGGAGGAGGAUGUGGAUAUGGAGGCCUUUUUUACGCCGAGAGAUGUUACUGGGUUGGCUGUUGCGCCGCCAGCGUACGGGAGUUAUAGGCCUAGAGUUGCUGCCGGGCAGGAGAGGAGGGAUGUUUGCGUUUGA